AUGUGGGGGCAGAGGCACCAACUUCGGGGGCCCUCAGGUACCUACGUGCGUGAUGACGAGGUCCUGGGAGUAGCCGAAACUGGACAGGACCUUCAAACGGGCCGUUCGGGCGCACGCGCGGUUCUGGAGUUUUCCAACUGCACAAGCUCCCGACUCUUCAGCUCCCAGCACGUCCCGCCCCCGCCCAAGGCCCCGCCUCUUCCGGUUUCCGCGCUGCCAUCUCAUUGGCCCAGCGUCCUCGCAGCUGACGAGGCCCCCCCGCUGCCCAGCGCGCCCCCCGUCCGCAGCCUCACCAUCGAUGACUUUGACAUCGGGCGCCCCCUGGGCAAGGGGAAGUUCGGGAACGUGUACCUGGCCCGGCUCCGGGACAGCCAUUUCAUCGUGGCCCUCAAGGUCCUGUUCAAGUCGCAGCUGGAGAAGGAGGGGAUGGAGCACCAGCUGCGCCGGGAGAUCGAGAUCCAGGCGCACCUGCAACACCCCAAUAUCCUACGCCUGUACAACUACUUCCAUGAUGAGCGGCGUGUGUACCUGAUCCUGGAAUACGCGCCACGGGGUGAGCUCUACAAGGAGCUGCAAAAGAGCCACACGAUCGAUGAGCAGCGUGCGGCCACGAUCAUGGAGGAGCUGGCGCGCGCGCUGGCCUACUGCCACGAGAACAAGGUGAUCCACCGGGACAUCAAGCCGGAGAACCUGCUGCUGGGGCUGCGGGGGGAGGUGAAGAUCGCGGACUUCGGCUGGUCCGUGCACACCCCCUCGCUGAGGAGGAAGACCAUGUGCGGGACUCUGGAUUACUUGCCCCCGGAAAUGAUCGAGCAGAGGACGUACAGCGAGAUGGUGGACCUGUGGUGCAUCGGGGUGCUCUGCUACGAGCUGCUGGUGGGAAAUCCCCCCUUCGAGAGCACCUCCUACUCCGAGACCUACAGGCGCAUCCUCAAGGUUGAUGUAAAGUUUCCUCCAUCGAUACCUUUGGGGGCCCAGGACUUGAUCAGCAAGCUUCUCAGAUACCAGCCCUCGGAGAGGCUGCCACUGGCCCAGGUCCUGCAGCACCCGUGGGUGCAGGCCCAUUCUCGGAGGGUGGAGCCUCCACCCGCUCCAUCGGCCUCCUGAGCCCUGUCCGCCCCGGUUCCUGUGUGUUUGUUCAGGGAGCUCUCCUGGCUCCGCUAUCAUGUCUGUCUUUUGUGUCUUCACUGUUAGAAUAUAUAAGGUGCUAAUUAAUAAAAGAUUAAUCAUUUAUGUUAACAUUA